AUGGCUCUGGGUGGUGGAUACCAAAGAGCACAAGGACAGGGACAUUGCAGGUGCGUGGGUGGAGGGUUUGUCUUUGUGGAAAUCACUGCGUUGGAGGAGCAUGAGGGUGUGUCGCUGGUGCAAGCUGGAGUGUUUGCGGGUGCCCGGCUUUGGGUGGUGGAUACCAAAGAGCACAAGGACAGGGACAUUGCAGAGGAGCUCCCAGUUGUUGAUGACACGCAGGAGGAGGAGGCAGGCUUUAAGGGCACAGGCCUGGCUGGUGGUUUCGCGGUGACUAGUUUUCCAGCAGCAGACGCAGAUACAGUAGCAGUUGAAGGCAAUUUCUCCUCCCUCUUCCCUCUCCCCUCCCUUGUUCCGUCAGAGGAGCUUCCAGUUGUGGAUGACGCACAGAAGGAGGAGGCAGGCUUUAAGGGCACGGGCCUUGCUGGCAGUUUCCCAGUAACUAGUUUUCCUGUAGCAGACGCACCAACAGUAGCAGCAGACGCAGCAACAGUAGCAGUCGAAGGCGUUAAGUUGGAUGUAGAUGAUGCUGCAGAUGGUCACGAGGGUCCGGUGUGGCAGGUGACUUGGGCUCACCCCAAAUUUCGGUCCAUCCUCGCGUCGUGCUCGUACGACCGCAAAGUGAUCAUCUGGAAAGAAACCAGCGAGAACCAGUGGAUCAAGGCGCAGGUGUUUUCAGAUCACGAGGGGUCGGUGAACAGCAUCAGCUGGGCGCCACACGAGUAUGGGCUGGUGCUCGCAUGCGCCUCCUCUGAUGGCUCCAUCUCCAUCCUCACCCACCGCGCCGACGGUGGCUGGGAUGCCUCCCGGAUCCCCCAAGCCCACCCUGUCGGGGUUACUUCUGUUUCCUGGGCUCCGGCUACGGUUCCAGGAAGUUUUCUGGGGUCGGGUCCGAAUCCUGUGCUGCGGUUUGUGUCCGGGGGAUGUGAUAAUAUGGUGAAGAUUUGGCGGUAUUCUAGUGAGGGAGGGGGAGGGUGGCGGCUGGACGGCGCGCCGCCAGGUUUGGCUCGGCACACGGAUUGGGUUCGGGAUGUGGCUUGGGCGCCGAACCUGGGCCUGCCGAAGAGUACAAUCGCCAGUGCUUCACAGGAUGGCACUGUAUUGAUCUGGACCCAGACGAGCGAGUCGGACCCGUGGAAACCCCUGCUGCUGCAGGACUUCAAGGUGCCUGUGUGGAGGGUCAGCUGGUCGCUAACUGGAAACAUCCUUGCUGUAUCGGAUGCGAAUAACAAUGUGUCGCUCUGGAAGGAGGCUGCAGACGGACAAUGGUCCCAAGUCUCCACUAUCCAACAACCAUAG